GGAAGUUUCAUUGAGGAUAAAAUUGUGUUUGGAAGUAUACAGACUGUUACUGAAAUGACAUCAAAUAAUUUGACGAUGGAAUUCUGAAUUCCACUCAGAUGCCGAGUUGGUAUUUUUGCGUCGAAUUCUGAUUUAAAAAAGUCUAUUUCUAUGUCUUUUUCUAGCCCAAGAAGAUAAAUGUAUUCCCUGCCUGCAAGUGGCAGUAGAAAAAGUAUAGUGUGCAACACGUUGAUACACUUUUUCAGUUAAUCGUUCAUUAAAUAGUUCCUUCGCCCAUGCUAAGACUAAUGUGGAGUUUAUCAAACUUGUUGCGUUAUACUAUUAAAUGUGGCUAUGGAAAGUUACAGAUCGUCAGCGUUUGAAGAUAAGUACCUUAAAAGAACCAAAGAAGAAAUCGCUUUUGAAGUUUGAAUUGACUACUCGGUUAUAAACUGAUAAAAUUGAUUCAUGCGGGUAGUCCCAUAACUUACCAUAAGCUAUAAGCUCAGGUGAUACUGUAAACCAAAAUAAUUCAACGCAAAUAGUGUUUUUUAAGAGCGAAAAAUCUAAAUUUAGUAUUAGUUCUGACUAACCAACUUUGCGGUGCUAAAAAAUUCGAUCUGUAAUCACUAACAUUAUUUUAUAAAAUCAGUUUUCAGAUUAUGAUUUAUAGUAUCUAUGUCGUAUACAUAUAUAAUACCGAAAAUAUAUUCUUAUCGAAAUAUUUUUCAAAUUUGUCAAGUGAUUUAUAAAAAGACAAAUCUAAGAAUAUACCGGCUGUCUCAGUAAGGGCAACGAGGUAAAGUAAAUCGGCUAAUAAAAAAAGCUCAAGAAAAGAGAUCCUGAAAUGUUCACCGGGGGUAGUAAUUGUAAUCUUGAAUUUUAGAAUUCGAUUUUUACAAAUAUUUCUAAUAUUAACUAUACUUUAACUGAGUAAUAUUUUAAACCUGAGCAAGUAAGCUAUCUCAGCAAGGAAAGUGGUGGGGGCUGUUGGAAAAUUUUCAUAAAUAAGUGUUGAGAAAGGCUUAACGUGUUUUAAUAAAAUUUAAAUCAUUAAAGGGCGCUUCCUAGCCUAUUAAUGUGGUCUGAGUGUCGCGAUGGCGAUUGCUUAUAUUGAUACGAGGUGCAGUUUUCUUUCAUAAUCUAAAAAAUAUAUAAAAAACCUAAAAUUGGAAUAAAAGAACUUGACGCUCAUUAAAAAUGUUGUUAUUAAUAUCAAUCUAUCCAGAUUUACCAAAUAAAAUGCUCAUUGAUAAUUUAGGAUGCCCAUUGAUAUUUAAAAUAGAAAGGAAAUGUUAUUCACCCUUAUUUACUUUUUUUACAAUAUCGAAGGGCAUCAAGUUACUGGUUCUAUAUUUCGACAUUCUUAUCCGUUUUCAAAUAUUUAGUAUUAUCAUUUAUUGAAUCAUUAAUUAUUAGCUUUAUUCAAUAACGACAUGAUUGAAGCGUUUGAUUGGAUAAAAACAAAAUUUGUUUUCGUGGCAGUAUUGAUACUAAGAUAUGCAUUAGUUCUGUUAAAAGAUAUACUUCAUUUUUUAAAUGGUUUUCCACAUUUUACUACUUAAAUACGUCAAUAGUUAUUAAAGUUAGUUAGUCUCCAAAAAUUAAUUAGUUAGUAAUUAAACGUAAUUUUUAAUAGAAAAAUAAGGGAUACUACUAUUUUAAAUCAGCUAAGCAAAUCAAAAUAUAAAAAUGUCGGCUAUGGUGUAAUUUCGUGCCCUUCGUAAGCAUUGGAAAGAAACUGAUAAGCAUAAAUAAAAAUAUUUUAUUUAGAUAUUAAAUAUCAUUUGGUACCUUAAAUAAUGAAUUAGCAUUUUAUUUGGUAAAUUCUAUAAAAUUCGACAUUAAUAAACAACCCAUAAAGUGGACAGUCCUGCCUGUUCAGUUUUGGUUAUUUAUUUUGUAUACUGACACUAAAUAUUAAUUCAUUACCUGGGUUUUCUAUAUUGAUUUCUUUAUGAUUCGGGGUUAAUCGAAUACAUUUAUCAAUUUUUAUUUUAAUUUAAUUUUUUAUAUACUUUAUGGUAAAAAACGCGUGUCAUUUCACCGCGAUAAUAUGAGCCCUCGGGUUUUGUUUGGCCGAAUUACCGCGCAUAGUUUUCGCGUGUUUGCGAUUGGUAACCCCCACUACAUUGCUGCAAUGGACAUGGUCUGGAAAAAGAAAAUCCGAGAGGCCUCGGGGGUCUUACACUAGAGUGCACAUAAGGUAGGCCGUUUAUUUUAUAAUUCGAGGGUUUAUCCGUAGUUUUGUUUUGUUUGUGAUCAAAUUUUAAAUUAAGAAUUUAUUUCGAUGAACUUGUAUACUAUUAUUCCACACGCGGCUUCUAAAAGGAAGUCUAGGAAACAUUGAGUUUCUUACAUAUGGUCUUCGAGCCCGGAUUUUUAAAGAAUCAGUAAUUCAAAAAUAAAAUUAUUUUGUCUUUUCUAAAUUCAUUUUCUAAUACUAAAUUGGUAAAAAUAAUUUUGAUUUCAUUCACUAUAAAGGCGUUUAAAUAAGACGACCUUGAAUAAAUUUGACGAAGUAUCGGAAAACAGGUAAAGAAUUUAAAUCGUUUAGAGUUUUUUGCGGUCUUGAUUUUGUGUACGAUAUUUUGAUUGUUUUUUGUUAUCAAUCGUGGUUUUGGUGGAUUUUACGAGGUUGUUCGCAUAUUUUAAUAUAAUUGAAUUUAAUUUCUUCUUUCUUGCCAUUUUUUUAUGAUAUAGAAAAUUUCUAAAAAUAUUUUUAAACCAUGGCAGAUUCAAAAGUAAAUAGAAGAAGCGUUUUUAUACGAAGAUUGAAAGAAAUCUACGAUUUAGCUACUGCUGCUACACAGAACCCAGCUAAAAUUAAUGAUUUUAAAAUACGAUAUUCGGCGUUAGAAUCAACAUAUAAUGAGUUUGAUAGGUUGCAUUUGGACAUAAUUUCUGAUAAAAGAGUAACGGAUGUAAUGCUUGAGCAGCAGGAGCUAAUUCGAGCGGAAGUUGAUGAUCAAUACUUUUCAAUUAAAAGCAUUUAUAGUGAACUUUGUAUAAAAUCUGAAAUAUCCAUGAUGGUACCACCUUCGCCACCAGGCCAGAGCCAUAAUUUGCCGCCUUACCUAAAUUUUAAUCUUCCCCGUUUAGAUAUACCUGUUUUCUCAGGCAAUUUAAAACAGUGGCCGACAUUUUUUGAUUUAUACAGGAGUUCGGUGCAUAAUAUGAACUUUUCCGCUUCUCUCGUAACCGGAGAACCGCUCAGUUUAUUGAGAAAUAUUCCUAUAACUGAUGACAAUUACGCAGUAGCCUACGAUACUUUAAUAAAAAGAUACGACAAUAAACGGAUUUUAUCGACUCAUUACUUCAAUGAAAUAAUGAACAUUUCCAAAAUUUCAAAUCCAUCGAAUCAAGCACUGCGUAAUGUUGUGGAUAAGUUUUGUGAAAAUGUGGAGGCAUUAAAAUUAUUGAACUUUCCUACUGCGGAAUGGGAUUUUUUGCUUUUUAAUUUACUCUUAAUGAAAAUCGAUUCUGAUACCUUACAGCGAUUUGAAAUGGAGCACGCAAAAUUUGAUAUACCCACUUUUGCGCAGUUGAAAUUAUUUCUGAAUAACAGGUGUAAGGUUUUAGAUACGUUGACCUAUACUCAGGAAGAAAAUAAAUCAAAAAUUGCCGGAACCAUUUAUAAUAGUAAGUCUUUUGCCAGUAACCGUCAACAUAAGUCAGGUUCUAGGAAUAAUGGUGAUCACUCCAAAGCAUUUUUUACUAAUACUCCUUCUAAUAACGUUCCUACAUUGAAUUGUGGUAUCUGUAGGACCCAGCAUUCCAUUAUAAGCUGCUCCGUCUUUUUAAGUAAGACUCCUCAUGAGCGCUAUUUACUAGUUAAACGCAACCGUUUGUGUGUGAAUUGUUUGAGUUCGUUUCACAAAUUUUCGAAAUGCAGUUCUAAUAAGACCUGUUCUUCUUGUACGAAACGCCAUCAUUCUUUACUACAUUUCGAGUCGGCACAUGGUAAUGAACGUAGUCCACCUAAUGACGAUGUUUUGCCCAGUGUUAAUGACUCUUCCGUAGAUCAACCACAUUGUGGCACCACUUCCAUAAAUUCUAAUAGUGCAUUUACACUCCUUGCGACUGCAAAAGUGGACUUUCUGGACAGCCAAGGUUAUUCCCACACAGUUAGAGUACUACUGGACAGUGGAAGCCAAGGCAAUUUUAUAUCCGAAAGAUGCUUUAAGAAAUUAGGACUUUCCCGCUCUCGUUUGAACAUUCCAAUUAAUGGGUUAGGUAAUAUGACAUCUGUAUCGUCGAAUGGUGUUACUUGUUGUACGGUCCGCCCGGUGGGUAAGAACACACCUUCUUUUCCCAUAGAAUGUAUCGUUUUACCGCAGAUUUGCUCAUACAUGCCUUCUGUAUCUUUCAGUCGCGAGAACUGGUCACAUUUGGAGAAUUUAGUCGUUUCUGAUGACACCUACAAUACUCCUGGACCUAUAGAUGCUCUCAUCGGGUGCGAGUUAUUCCCUUUAAUUUUGUUGCCUGAGAAGGUGUGCGGUAAAGAGUUGGAACCUGUCGCAUUCAAUACAUUAUUUGGCUGGGUAAUGAUGGGUAAAAUUGAUCGUAUAAAAAGCAAGUCCUCAUAUUCCUGUUGCACAUUAUUGGAAGAAAACCGGGAUAUUAAUAAAACUAUUCAAAUGUUUUGGGAAAUGGAGGAAGUUCCAAGUAGCAAGUCUUCAUUAACCCUUGACGAUCCCGCUGAAAUUUCUUUUAACGAGACUCAUUCUCGAACUCCUGAAGGACGUUUUAUCGUUACUCUACCGUUUUCCAGUGGUGAGCCAUUAUUUUCUGACUCACGCUCCAUAGCCCUAAAAAGGUUUUAUAGCUUAGAGCGCCGUCUUCUUAAGGAUCCUCCAUUAUUUGAGAUAUAUUCCAAAUUUAUGAAGGAAUACUUAGAGCUGGAUCAUAUGGAACCCGUGUCUGCUCCUGUCUCUGACGUUGCCCAGCGCCACUUCUACAUCCCUCACCAUGGGGUUACUAAUUCGAAUAGUACGACUACUGCAUUGCGCGUAGUCUUUGACGCAUCUUGCAAUCCGCGGGAUCGAUCGUUGAAUGACACUUUGUUGAUUGGUCCCAAACUACAAAAUGAAAUUGUAAGUAUUCUGUUAAGUUUUCGAAGGUUUCCUGUAGCAUUUACUGCCGAUAUCAAAAUGAUGUAUCGACAAAUACUUGUUAAUGACAGCCACCAAGACUACCAACGUAUUUUAUGGAGAUUCUCCCCUCGAGAACCUGUUCAAGAUUUUCGCCUAAAAACCGUAACCUACGGAUUAAAUUCAGCUCCUUUCCUUGCUCUGAGAUGUCUUUUACAAUUAGCCACCGAGGGUAGAGAUAGAUUUCCUAGGGCCGCAGCAAUUUUAGCGUCCCAAGUGUAUGUUGAUGAUAUAUGUGUAUCUUGUAAAUCUUUAGAGGAUGCUGUGGAUAUCAAACAACAACUUAUUGCUCUAUUGGAUGAGGGUUGUUUUUUCCUUAGAAAAUGGUCUAGCAAUUGUGUUGAUUUCUUAGCUACUAUACCUUCAGAUAUUCUACAGAAACCUCUCGCACUGGACACUAAAUCCGAUCCUUACUUGAAGGUUUUGGGUCUCAGAUGGUCUCCAGAGAAGGAUAUCUUCUCAUACGACAUACAAUUUCUCAACUCGGCAUGUACUAAGAGAUCUAUACUUUCUGAAAUCUCCAGAAUUUUUGAUCCAAUUGGAUUACUUUGUCCCAUAACUCUAUUAGUUAAGCAGCUAAUGCAAUCUUUAUGGGCGAGAGGUAUCGACUGGGACAGUGAAGUGCCCGCAGAUAUUGCCCAAAGGUGGACCGACUACAAAAAUGAAUUGCCAAGUCUGUCAGCAUUACACAUACCCCGUUAUUGUUUUAUUUCAAAGUAUGUUAAUUUAGAAUUCCAUGCUUUUGGGGAUGCUUCAGAGCUAGGUUAUGGAAGUUGUAUCUAUUCUCGCCUCGUGUCUCCAGAUGGCCAAAUUUCUACUUAUCUCCUCUAUGCUAAGAGUAAAGUAUCUCCAUUGAAGAGAUUGAGUCUUCCUAAAUUGGAAUUAAGUGCUGCAUUAAUGGCUUCCAAAUUGCUUAAAUAUGCCUUAAAUGUCUACAACAUUCCCGACGUACAAAAUAUUUAUGCUUGGUCUGACUCGACUAUAGUCCUAGGUUGGAUAAGGUCACCGCCCUGUCGUUGGCGCACUUUCGUCUCAAACAGGGUGAGUCAGAUUCAAGACAAUGUAGCACCUGAACGUUGGUUUCACAUCAAAUCAGAAGACAAUCCAGCUGACCUUGCGAGUCGCCCUGUCCUUCCGUCUGAUUUAGUUGACUGUCCCUUAUGGUGGGCGGGACCAGCUUGGUUGUCGCGUCCCUCCGAAGAGUGGCCCAAACACGAACUUGGUGAAUUGGACGAACCACUACCAGAAGAAAGAGCGACCAUUCUCACGAAAAUACUUCGCCUUAUUACUUAUUGGCGUCGUUUUCUUGGCAUUCGUUUUAAAGUGGUUUCAGUGGUUAAAAAGGGUCCUUUCACGGAGUACGAGUUAUUUCAGAGUCUUCUCCGCAUUGUGAAGCAAGUACAAGCAGAAGCCUUUUAUGAAGACAUUUCCAAUCUUUCGAACAAGAGUGUUUGUUCCAAGCCGUUAAGAAAGCUUGCUCCUUUCAUCGAUGAACAAGGACUUCUCAGGGUAGGCGGACGCCUUACUCACUCUCAACUUGAUUACGAUCAGAAGCAUCCCGUUUUGCUUCCCAACAAACAUAGGUUGACUGAUCUUAUAAUAGAGGAUUUUCAUAAAAGAUACCUUCACUGUGGACAGCAGGCCUUGCGCUAUUUUAUAUCUCAACGGUUUUGAAUUUUGGGUGCUAAAGGAGCUAUAAAACGUAUUGUCCAUAAGUGUUUCCGCUGCUUUCGAACACAUCCUCAGGUAAUAGAACCAAAAAUGGGCGAUUUGCCUAGUUUCCGCAUUACCCAAGCCAAGCCCUUUCAAUGUACUUCUUUGGAUUUCGGUGGCCCUUUUCAGAUACUGAUGUCAAGACAUAGAGGUUGCCGUACUCAAAAGGCUUAUCUAUCUCUCUUUGUGUGUUGUUCUACAAAGUGCCUGCAUUUGGAACUGGUAUCAGACCUAUCCACUUCUGCCUUUCUUGCGUCAUUGCGUCGCUUCAUCAGUCGACGUGGUAGAUGCUCCAAACUGCACAGUGAUAACGGUACCAACUACGUUGGUGCAGCUCGAUACUUAGCAGAUUGCAUGGCUAAAGCAGCCGCUGAUGAAUUGAUCGAGUGGCAAUUUUUCCCUCCUUCAGCGCCUCACUUUGGUGGGUUACACGAAGCUGGCAUUAAAAGCGUCAAAACCCACAUUACUAAAAUCAUAGGGGAACAAUUACUUACCUAUGAAGAAUUUUACACAUUUCUCACUCAAGUUGAGGCCGUACUCAACUCUAGACCACUUUGCGCUAUGAGUAGUGAUCCCAACGAUCUAUCCAGUUUAACACCAGGUCAUUUUCUCUCCUUAGCUCCUUUAUAAGCUAUUCCCGAUCACGACCUCACUUGUGUUCCUAUGAAUAGACUUGAUAGGUGGCAGUUACUGACCAAAAUGCAUCAAUCAUUUUGGAAAAGAUGGCAUAUGGAAUAUCUUCAUUCUUUACAACAGAGAGCUAAAUGGGAUAAAGAUACCACUCUUAUCACGCCGGGUACUCUAGUUGUACUGAAGGAGGAUAAUUUACCUCCCCUCCAGUGGAGACUGGGACGGAUUGAUUCCAUUCACCCUGGUGCUGACGGUGUUCCACGAGUAGUCACUGUCAGAACCCAAAACGGUUUAAUCAAACGACCGGUUAUUAAGGUAUGUCCUCUGCCGGCCAAUUAAUCACAAUUGAUAAACUUUAAUAUUAGCAUAUUUUGCUUAUUUUCUUUUUUUUGUUGUUUUUUGAAAUACCGUUGUAUUUGGUGGGCGGUAUGUUCAGUUUUGGUUAUUUAUUUUGUAUACUGACACUAAAUAUUAAUUCAUUACCUGGGUUUUCUAUAUUGAUUUCUUUAUGAUUCGGGGUUAAUCGAAUACAUUUAUCAAUUUUUAUUUUAAUUUAAUUUUUUAUAUACUUUAUGGUAAAAAACGCGUGUCAUUUCACCGCGAUAAUAUGAGCCCUCGGGUUUUGUUUGGCCGAAUUACCGCGCAUAGUUUUCGCGUGUUUGCGAUUGGUAACCCCCACUACAUUGCUGCAAUGGACAUGGUGUGGAAAAAGAAAAUCCGAGAGGCCUCGGGGGUCUUACACUAGAGUGCACAUAAGGUAGGCCGUUUAUUUUAUAAUUCGAGGGUUUAUCCGUAGUUUUGUUUUGUUUGUGAUCAAAUUUUAAAUUAAGAAUUUAUUUCGAUGAACUUGUAUACUAUUAUUCCACACGUGGCUUCUAAAAGGAAGUCUAGGAAACAUUGAGUCUCUUACACUGCCAAAAUCCAUUUUUUGUGAGUGUAAAUUCUUUUAUUCAUAUUUUGGGUUAUUGGAAUCUUAUUUGACAAUUUUUUUUUGUGAGUGUGCCAAAAAGCCCCACUUCUGAGAAGGUAAACGAACGCAAUCACGUUUCUUAAAGCUACAUUAAAAACUUUUUAACGACUAAAAGUUUACUAAAAUGCGUUAAUCCUUUUUAGAGGUAUAGACAUUUAUUUAAGAAAAUGUUCUAACCCCCCCCCCAAAGCUGUCCUUUCAAACAGUGCAUCUUUAAAAUAGCACUCUGUAAGUAUGGUUAACAUUAGAAAUUUUUGUAGAAACCGAAAUUUAUCUUCAAGAUAAUAAUUACGCCCUCACCACUGUGCUUACAGAAAUAGAUUAAAGAGGAUUGGAUAAAAACUAUUUUAAUUUUUCUCACCUUGCUUACUCACUGCAACUAUGGUUAACGUUAGAAUUUUUUGUAGAACCGGAGCUUUAAAGUUUAAAGUGUUGUUUUCUCAAAAACUCGAAAAUAAUUUCUAGCCUUUUCUCUUUGCCGAUUGACUUUUUUUUUU